UGCUCAUCCUUUUUCUCCUAGCUGGCGUCACCCCCCGUACCAUUUGUUUAACCUUCCCAUCUGUGACCUUCUCGGUCUCGUAGACUCGGCAGCGGAAUUAAAAGAGAGGUAGAGAAGGGGAAGCGGAUCUUGAAGGUUUCCUUCCGCUACUAUCGCAGCGACAAAAGGAGAAGCGUUCAAUAGAGAGAGGUAGAGAAGGGGGAGCGGAUCUUGAAGGUCUCCUUCCACUUCUAUCGCAGCGACAAAAGGAGAAGCGUUCCCUAUUGACUCACAGAAGCAAAGCAAGACUUGGAGACAGAGGACCGACAAGAAGAGAGAGAAGAUGCAGUCGGGAUAUGGAGGAGUGUCUGAGAUCCAACAAUUCAUGGUGGAUAGCUGCGGCUCUUCCCUCUUCUCCAUGUCUACGGCGAACCCAAACCCUGCAGCAGCAGCAGCUGGGGCGGCCGCGGCCACCCCCACCAACAUCCACUCCGCGGCCCUUCACCCCCUCAAGUACCAUCCCCUCCCUCAACCUCACCACCCGCAACCCCUGCCGCCGCCGCCGCUGCCUCCCCACUUCUCCCACUUCCACUCCAUCCCCAUCACCCAGCAGCUCUUCCAUCAGACCACCCACCCGUUCCAGCUCUUCCACCCUCAGCAACACUAUCUUGAACCCAGAAGGUUCAUUCCGCAGCACCACCUCGGCCUCGACCAGGAGUCGGCUCCCGAGACCUCCCCCUCGCCAACACGAAUCAUCCCCGGUAGCAGCGGCGGCGGAGGGCCGUCGUUCUUGUCGGCCUCCAUGAGCUUUAAGCUGGCGGUGAACGAGAGCAGCGGUGGCGGCAGCCCACAGGGGAUGAAUGAUGAUGACGGCAUUUUGCAAGGAGAUGAUGCGUCGGAGAGUCGCCUCCACCACUGGCAGAGAGAAGAUGAUGAGUCUGCCAUCAAAGAGCUGUCAUGGAGGCCACUGGAUAUAGACUACAUCAGCAGGAACAACAAGAGAUGCAAGGACGAGGAGCCCGCCGCCUCAAAUGGCCGCUACACCAAGAAGAGCAAAGAGGUAGCCGGAUCCGAUCAUGUGCAAGUCGCCGGCGGCGGUGGCAGCAGCAACUACAAGAUCUUCAGCGAACUCGAAGCUAUCUGCAAGCCCGGAGGCAGCAGCACGAACCGCGAUGGUGGUACCAAUAGGACUGGCUCAGGCUCUGCUCUCACCGGCGAUGAGACCCCUCUCUUGCAUGUCACCCCAACGGCUCCCCUGGGACUGCCUGCGGCCGAUCGCGUCGGCGGAUCGGAGACGUCGGCAGGAGAAGAGGCAACGGCCCAGGAGUUCUCUAAGGGAAACGGGAGGCGGAGGAGGAAGCGGUGGCAGCGACAGCUGAGCUCGGUGGCCACCUUCUUCGAGAGCCUCGUGAAGCAGCUCAUGGACCACCAGGAGGGCCUCCACGGGAAGUUCUUGGAGGUGAUGGAGAGGAGAGAGAAGGAGAGGACCAGCCGCGAGGACGCGCGGAGGAAGCAGGAGGCGGCGAAGUCCAGCCGUGAGGCUGCAGCGAGAGCGCAAGAGCGGGCUCUCGCCUCCUCCCGCGAGGCCGCGAUCAUCUCCUUCAUCGAGAAGAUCACCGGUGAGAGCCUGAAUCUCCCUUCCAAGCCCCAAUUCCCAUCUCUCACACCCGACGCCGACGACGCCAACAAGGAGGACAACACCACCGACACCGACAACCGCCAAAUUGAGCCGUGCUCCGUCACCUUCAACAAUGGCGAUCCAGAUAGCAACAAGGUGUUUCCGAGUACACGUCGAUGGCCGAAACCGGAGGUCCAGGCACUGAUCCGCGUCCGAAGCGGGCUCGAGUCGAGGUUCCAGGAGCCGGGGCUGAAGGGGCCACUGUGGGAGGAAGUUAGCGCGGCGAUGGCGACGAUGGGCUACCACCGGAGCGCCAAGCGGUGCAAGGAGAAGUGGGAGAACAUCAACAAGUACUUCCGGAAGACGAAAGAAAGAGGGAAGAAGCGGCCGCAGCACUCCAAGACCUGCCCUUACUUCCACCAGCUGGACCAACUCUACUCCAAGUCUCACAACCACACGCCUAAUCCUUCCACCUCUUCCCCUAAUGCAGAUGUAGCCACCGCCAAUGCUUCUCGAGGCAGUGAUGACCGACGGAAAGACAACUCCGAUCUACUCGACGCGAUCAUGGCACCUAACGAUGGCCACAGCUUCAAGUUCUCUGAUAUGGCCACUUUAGGAUUCGAUUUCAGCAGCAAAGGCGACGAGAGCGAUCAGGCUACUGCUGCGAAGGGCUCUCUCGUGUCUCAUCCGGAGCACGAUGAUGGAGAAGAUGAAGAUGACGACGACCAGGGUGGGGGUGGCGGUGGCGGUGGGGAACAGUACGAAGAAGAAGAAGAAGAAGAAGAAGAAGAAGAAGAAGAAGAAGAAGGGGGAGAAGGCCAAGGCCAAGGCCAAGAAAACCUCUGCAGACCAAGGCUUCCGCUCGAUCAAGAGGAGGACGAGCUGCAUGAUUCCAGCGUCUUCUUCCAACGCCUCCGAUCCUAAAGUUGCAGACACGUAAUGCGCUCUCCUCCUCCUCCUCUCUCCUCCACAUCCUCCCCCUGAGCUCACAUCCAAUCAGGCCGUAUAGAUUAGUUCUAGUAGCUGAAUCCAAUAAACCAUGCUUGUAUAUUCGACCUAUCAAGCAGAAAUUAUAGGUGUACUGUAUCAUUUCCUUC